AAGCGUUAGAGAGAGAGAGGUGCCUGGAUGUUUGGAUUAUUACCUCUAAUCGUAUAUGUGCGCGCUAUUAGCUUCCACGGUAUACCGUGCAAAUAAACCCGCGUACACACACCGGUCGGUUGGACAAUAUUAAUCAACCGUGGAAAAACGACACUUCGACUCGUAUAUUUCAUGCGAGGCGUAAAAGAAGAAUGUUAGGCACGCGUUGAGCUCGACUUACGUCGCCGGUUCGUAUUAGCUUGACAGCACAUGCAAAGCCGCUGUUAAAACGCACGGAUCAACCGUGAUAAACAUUCGCGUGUUUGCGUAUUAUUAAUGCCGACUGGGAAAAGCGGACAAGAUAAAGCCGGUUUUCUGGCUCGGUGAACGAAAUGACGACUUGGUGUGACAUUCGCCGACUUUCGAGCCGAUACGAGUCGUUAAAGAUUCGAGUCCACCGCGUCGAUUUGAACUCGCUUCGUACCAGCAUCGAUUGAGCCUCGGGCAAGAAGCAGCUCGCGAUUCAGGAGAGGCAACGGAAACGACGGAGCAGCCGACACAUGUAGCAUUCGGGCAUCGGUAUAAUGAAGCCGUCCAUGAAAAUGGGAGUGAUCGCCUUGAUAGGGAUCUGCGUAGUGUUUUAUCAAUAUCACCUGUCCACCGGCGUUACUUUCGACCAAGUAACGGCCUUCAAUGCGGACAACCCUGCGGACGACGCCGGGGUUUUACCGAUCGGCGAAGAGGGCGAUAACUACAGCAAAACCUCCAGGCUCACCGAAGACAUGAUUCGGUACGCCGUGUACCGGGUGCAAAUGGCGAAUGGCCUGAGUCCGGAUAUAAGUUCGUUGCUCGUGCAGGAGCUUAUCAGCCAGUUGAGCAGGAACGUCUCGGUGGCCUCGAGAAAUAAUUCCAAGCUUCCGCAAACAGCCCCGACGACGAUGCACAAGGCGGCGACGCAGCUUCGUCAGUCGGCCCCGUCAAAUCCCGAGGAGCCCGCCGAGCCCUUGUACAUCAUCACGCCGACAUAUCGAAGACCGGAGCAAAUCCCCGAGCUCACGAGGAUGGCUCACACGCUGAUGUUAGUCAGGAACGUGCACUGGCUCGUUAUCGAGGACGCCACGGUCGCCACCAAGCAAGUCACCAAGCUGCUGGAGCGCACCGGCCUCAAGUUUGAUCAUUUAAUCGCUCCGAUGCCGGAGAAGUACAAGCUCAAGAAGGGCGCGAAGCCGCGCGGGGUGUCGAACAGAAAUCGCGGCCUGCAGUGGAUACGAGCGAACGCUACGAGAGGCGUGUUCUACUUCGCCGACGACGACAAUACUUACGAUAUUGAGCUUUUCGACGAGAUCCGGAAGACGAAGACGGUGUCGAUGUUCCCGGUGGGACUGUGCACCAAGUUCGGAUUGAGUUCGCCGAUCUUGAAGAACGGCAAGUUCGCCGGGUUUUACGACGGUUGGAUAGCCGGGCGGAAGUUCCCGGUGGACAUGGCCGGGUUCGCCGUGAGCGUGAAGUUCCUGCAGCAGAGGCCGAACGCCACGAUGCCGUUUCGCGCGGGCUACGAGGAGGACGGCUUCCUGAAGAGCCUGGUGCCGUUCGAGCCGCGCGACGCCCAGCUGCUCGCGGACAAUUGCACCAAGGUGCUCGCCUGGCACACGCAGACGAAGAAGAACGAGCCGAGCGCGCCGCUGGACAUGAAGCUAUACGGCACGACGAAUCUGGUGAAGCUGAAGCAGCAGAUAGUAUGAUGUCGGCGGGCCGGCUCCUCCUCGCGCGAGAAAUCUGAUAACCUGAAUCUUGUGAUCCCGCCCCCUCCUUCGCACUAGUUCAUCGGUGUCACUCCAAGGGAAUUCCUAGGUGCGGAAAAAAAUAAACUGUGCGAUUCAGUGCCUAAAGUAUCUACCCCCUCUCUCUCACGGCGGGAGGGAUCGUUAUCUUUAAGCGUAGCCGGUAAAACGAUCGUUUUUUUAUCAGCUUUUACAAUCCGCAGCAAGUAGCUCCCCAAGACGGUGCGCCCUUACCUCGAGAAAGGAAGGUAGGUAGGUAAAUAGGUAGAUAGAUAGGUAGGUAGGUAGGUAGGUUUCGCUCCGAGCGCAAUGACUCGGCGGUACGGUUUUAGCGAUUCAUACACGUAGAAGAGAGUUCGGUACCCUCCUGGUCUUCACUUCUCGGCCACUCUUCUCGCGCAUUCCUUGUUUCGUGCAUGCCGCCGCCCACUAACGCGAACAGGCUAAGUUCGUUCGCUAGUAUUAGUCCAGAUUUACAACCAGGUGCAAUAAACCCGUCUUUGACCUUUCGCUCUGAGCGAUAAAAUGCGACGUAAUUCCCGGCGAAAGACGUUGCUCGCGUUGCUGAAAAUCGAAGUGGCCCUUAAAUCGUAGGAAUCGUCUAAUAGCGCUGGAAGUAGCUCUUGGCUAAAAAUUACGUUGCAAUUUGGUGCUCCGAGCAAAAGUGCUGAAAACUUUACCGCGCCCAUUGUAGAUCCAGGUUUAGAAUAGUCGUUGAUCGGUGGUAUAUCGGACGAGCAAGUUCGCGCGGUCACGACCGAUCUCCUGACGUGUAUGUCGCGCAUCCUGCGCUAAUCAACGACCAAAGGAAGCAAACGAGUCACUCACCGUAAGGCUAAGCUCUUCUACUUAUCGUUUCGUUCCACCUCUGCGAAGGGACUCUCUUUUUUUUUUCUUUCCUCUAUUCUAUUCCGCGUUCUAUUCCAUAGUCAAGUUCAUUCCCAAGCUCGCCCCUGUUCGCGCGUACGACGCUGGGUCAAGAUCACGACACGACCAAAGAUUACGUUUAAGCGAUCACCGUGGAGGUGUUUUCUGCUACGGCUGGCUCUCACCGGGUUGAUCGGUCUCCCACUCGCGGGAUAGGUUAAGGAAAAACCCGAUACCGCUCGUCGAUCUAGGUGAAGAUUACGAUGCUUAACGAUCGUCGUUUUAGUCCUGCCCCGCUUCUUCACGCGUUUAGUAAGCAUAAGCGAUUACGAGAGAUAUAGAGCGAGUUAGAACGAGUUCCUUAAUAAGAAUUCCUCGUACUUCCCGGAGGAUUUUUCAGACGAGAAAAUAAAAUCAUGGAGAGAGAGAGAGAGAGAGAGGGGAAACAGAGAAUGCUCAAAAGCGACGAAAUAUGAAUAUUCGAAGUUUAAUACUCUCUGAAAUUCGCCGAUAUUAAAAGUUACCUUAAAGUUCGCCCGAACGUUGAAAGUUACGGUUUACGAGGACUUCCGAUUAAGAUACGAGAAAUUUCUUCGAUAGAUAUUCCCCCCGUUCGGAACACGCGAAGAUGGAAUGCACGAGACGUGUAUUAGUAGACGGAUACGUCCGACUUAUAUUAAUAAUUCGCGUAGCCUUCUGCGACGAGUGUCCACGAGUAUAUUCGGUCGCGUUCUUCACGAGCAACGCGUUCUCACGGCGACGCACGAUCGGUGGAACGAAUCGCGGAAUCUCCGGUGCGCGAGUGCUUAUCGUAAUUUAGAUCGUGUAAAAUCGGGAAGCCAGAGAAAAAUUUAAUUUUACGACUCAACGUCGAGGAAACGCGCGCACGAGCAUCGUCGCGGAACAGGCGUAUCCUCGGCUGCAUUUGACUGAAUAGGGAUACUUUUCAUUGUCGAGUCGCGCUCGUUGCCGCUCUUUCAUUUCUCCGUUUCCGACAUAAUAGCGUUUCUCACUCCGAAACACGCACGAUUGAUGCGCGGUGAAAUUACGAAGAGAGAGAGAGAGAGAGAGAGAGAGAACACCGGAUUACAAUCAAACAGACGAGCAUUCGCGUUUACCAGCCAUAUUUGUGCGUGUGGUGUCGAGAGAGAGAGAGAGAGAGAGAGAGAGUGCGUGUAGAGAUUUACGUACUUCCUAGAAAUGCAUAAUAAUAAUACCUAAAGCUACAUUUGACUCUUCUUACACGAUAUAGCUCGCGCUAGUCGGGUUCUGAGAUACUCGAUGUCCCUCGGGUAGGACUAAGAAAACUAGAGGAUAAGAAAGAUACACGUCACACGAAAAAGAGAAAGAGAGAGAGAGAGAGUUAAGCAAAAAAUCCAAAGAAAGAGUGAAAAAAGAAAAGAGAAUUUGUUUCUUCACGAAAGACGGCGUCGCUUUAGCACGAUCGAGGUUACAUCGAAUCACGGUGUACAGUGGAACCUUGAUAAAUCCCGACGCUUCUGUUACCACACAUAUCUCUUCGAAAAUUUUGACCAAUUUUAAACCAAACUUGUACAAUGUUUAGCCGAUUGCUCUAUAAAUAUAAUGUUACUUGUAAGUACACAUCAUCUACAUAUAUACAUUAUUAUAAUUUAUAUCUAAAUUGGGAGUAAAAACGUAGUCAUUCUAAAUGAGAGAGACAGUUUACAAUAAGAGAACAAUCGAAAGGAAUCUGCAAGAUUCAAAGACUAAUCAUUGGCUAGAACGUUAAUCGUCCGCUUCGCUAGUUCGGGCAUUAGGAGUUCUGCUGUACGAACGCUCGAAAAAAAAUAUAUAUAUCGAGGAGGCAAGCUGCCUCCUCUUUUCUUUUUGUAAAUUUGUAUGUAUCCGGCAGUACCCUCGAUCGUAAUAGUAUCUUUCGACGUCUUUGAGAUCGAUAUCGAAAAACGAUUAUGCCAUUAGUUAGAUCAGAGAGAGGAGGGAGAGAAUGCAACAGCUUACAAGCAUCUUCCCGAAGGUGCAUAUUUUACUGCGACACUUUGAGUUUUUCAACUCUUUUUUUUUCGAGAGAGACAGAGUGAUCUACCUUAUCUUACCUAGCGUGUAACGCUUUAUAGCGAUAGACAUAACAACUUCAGCGCGUGGAUGAUAAUAAUGUAAUGCUAGGACGUGAAUUAUAUCGUGUCACUGUGACACCAAACUCGAGAAGCUAUAUAGUAUAUAUAUAUAUAUAGUAUGUAUAUAUAUAUACUAUAUAUAUAUAUAGUAUGUAUAUAUAUAUACAUUAAAUAUAUACGUUAAUUGCACUACUUAGAAAUCGGUCAGAUGUCAAGAGCGAUAUUAUAUUUCUCCCCAUCACAUAUCCUGCCGGGAUGUGCGGAGGUUUGUGUACAGAAAAAAAAAUAUAUAUAUAUAUAUAUAUAUAUAUACACACACACACACACACACACACACUCUAUUUACGUUCCAAAUUCGAUUUGUGUGAACGGUUCGCAAUAAACUCACGACAAGCAAUACGCGCGAUUUUCGCGCGGUUAGAUAGUAGGGAGAGCGAGAGAAGGAGAGAGAGAAAGAGAGAGAUGGGACGAUUAUUAUCCUCGUUUUAUUGGAAAGCCCAGAUCGUAUAGGGAGAGUACGUUAUAAGUAGUUUUAAUUUCGAAGAAUCCCCCUAGAGAGUACUCAGCGUUGAUUCGUAACUGUUUGUGAUAUACGAUUGUAUUGUUUUAAACGCAUCGAUUCCCUGUUCGAAGCAACAAAGACUACUCGUCGCGGAUAAUGCUCAACGUUCCGGCAAUCGAGAGGCUGAGUGGUACAAUAUAUAUAUAUAUAAUAUAUGUGUGUAUAAGCCGGAAAGUGUACGUACUGGUCUUGAUUUCCAAAGGGUAAUUAGUUUCUUAGUUUGUCCGUGUUCCACACGCGCACACAUUCGAAAGAAUUGGGAGCCACUCUUCGAAGAAACGAAAAGACAGUGACGGCGCGUAUUUCCUUUACUGUUCUCCACUAUUGAUAAAAAAUGCAUUUGUUUCUCCUUCAGUUCGGUGUAUUCGCGAAGAGGGGUGGCUCAAAAUUAUUCCGAUGCGCGCGCGACGCUUAUUUUUCAUUUGUACGAAAUUUACUUUUAAGAUUACAUUUUGUAUCGGAUCUGAUUUGCGCAAGAGUACAUAAUUCUUUACUAUGUGAAUAAAGACAAAGUUUACUAUAAAUGAGAGAAUGUUCGCAGAUUACAUCUCGGUACCUUUUACUAAUAUCGUCGUUAUGUUCAACGAGGGAACGGCAAGAGAAAUAGUUAUACACGAGAGGAAGAACGAUAAAGAUAGGGAAUUUUAACAGUUUUAAGUCGUCGUCGGAUAUGUUUAAUGUAUAUUGUGCGCCGACGAUGACGCGCGUUGCGAAAUUAUGACAGGCUGUUACUGUACAAAGACAAAUAGCAGUUUUGCCAUAAGUUUCAAUCAUGAACAAUAAAUUAUUGUGCGUCAAAAAAACAGUCGAUUAUGAAUAACUUGAUAACCCUUGACUCGUCGAUAACGUAAAAUAUAUAAUAGAAACCCAGGAAAAAUUGUGCCGUCGGCACAAAUUUUUAUCUCUGUGCAUGCAAAAUAAAAAUGUUAUCCUUUGUUUGCACAGAAUGCCGAGAGCGUCUGCAGAAAUUUGCAUUUUUGUGGUUGAACGCGCGUCGAUUAUGGAGACCUUCCGGGCUCGUUUUCAAACUAUUUUUUUUCUAACGUGUAUCGUCCCGCGAAGUGUGAAGUACUGUCAAUUGUUUGCACACGCCGCACCGGAGCGGCGGAAAUUUUAAUUUGUGCGAUUGUUCGUGCGCGCGCGGUCUUUCCUAUUUUUCCCUGUUUAUUUAUGUUAAU